AUGUCUGAACACGCCACGCACAUCGAACUGAAAUUGGACCUCCCAGCGACUAGAUCUGCGCCAUGGCAAGGAGGAUUGGACCGGGAAAACCAGUCCUUUGGAGCGAAGAAAGCUGCAGAAUCGUCUGAAUCAGAGAGCCCGCCGUCAGUGUUGCAGGGAAUGUGCAUGCAAAGGAUUUGCGGGAUGCGUGCGAAUGAGACCGUCAAUCAAAACAACAGCUCAAUUUCAAAGAUUUCUAAGAAAUCACCGGCUACACGAUCGGGGCCCGAUGAGUCGAAUUCGGGCACAUUGAGUUCGAGUACUUCGCAUGGCGCAAUCUCACCCGCGAAGCCGGGAUGCAUGGCAGCUACUCAACAGGUGCAAGAGAUAAUGCAACACUUUGCACAACACGCAUACAUGAGUUAUAUGCAAGGUACACCCUCAAUAGCGCACUUAGCUCUUCUCGUCAAAUACAAUGUGUCCAGCGCUCUCCAGCGCAACGCCGAUAUACUCGGCGUCAAAGCCGAGUAUUUCGAAUGGGACGGCAUAUCACCAUUUUCCAGCCAAAACUUCAAACUCGCCUUCGUCGAGAUGCAAAAUUGGCCAACCAACUUGCUUCCAACAAAGCUGCAAUGCUCGAUCGAGCAUCAUCCAUGGGUAGAUGUCUUCCCGUGGCCGAAGUUGCGCGACAACAUGUUGCAAGCUUUCCAACAUCCUGAUAUUUGCGACGAAGACGAGAUGUGUCGGGAGAUUGUAGAGUAUGAGGAUGUAAACAGUAAGCCUCUCCUCAUCGUUUGGGGCGAUGCAUCCGACCCUCGGAAUUGGGAAGUUACGCCGGAGUUCCUGACGAAAUGGGGAUGGCUGCUCAGCGGAUGCGAAGACUUCUUGGAAGCGACAAACCAUUGGCGUGGGAAGCGAAACGAACCAUUAUUAUCUUGUCAAGAGGUUCGAGAAGCAUUACAAGCGAGCAUACCCGCACGUUUGCAGGAUGCGGAGUUAUGA